CGGCGGUCUAGGAUGAUUAAGUUUGUAGCCGUCUUCCUCAGUUACGCAGAGAAAACCCUACGUGCCCCAUAAGAGCACUGCCGCAUUGCAAGCCAACCCGAUGGCGUCCUCUACUGCUGUGCCUGUAGGAUUUCACUAUGAAACAAAAUACGUAGUUCUCAGCUACCUGGGACUUUUAUCACAAGAGAAGCCACAGGAGCAUCCCCCUCCUUCAAGUCAAGGGGCUCAACAACAGCUUACGGCACAACAUGCUUUGGAGAAAGAGGCUUUGGAGAAGAUUAAAACAGAAAUCGACGAGGAACUAAAACGUCUUGAUGAAGAAAUCUUGGAAGCAUUUAACACUACAGGAUUUGACUGCCACACUUCCCCAGUGUUCAGUCCUGCCAAUCCAGACAGCUCAAUAGAAGACUGCCUGGCUCAUUUUGGGGAGAAAGUGUCCCAGGAAUUGAAAGAACAUCUACACAAAGCACUGCAGAGCUUGCUUAGCAAGCCAGUGACAUAUCAAGAAUAUCGAGAGCGCACACAAGAGACAGCUGCUCAUGCCAGUGGAUGGAACAAGGUCUUGGUGCCCCUGGUUCUGCUACAACAAUUCCUGAUGGAGUUAACCAGACGGGGCCAGGAACCACUGAGCGCACUUGUGAACUUUGGGGUGACAUAUCUAGAAGACUAUUCUGCAGACUAUAUCAUUCAACAAGGAGGAUGGGGGACGGUCUUUACUUUGGAAUCCGAAGAGGAAGAGUACCCCGGGCUCAUUGCAGAGGACAGUAAUGACAUCUACAUCCUGACCAGUGACAACUCAGGACAGGUGAGCCCUCCGGAGUCCCCCACGGUGACCACAUCGUGGCAGUCAGAGAGCCUGCCCGUCUCCCUGUCAGCAAGUCAGAGCUGGCACACAGAGAGCCUGCCAGUCUCCCUGGGACCCGAGUCCUGGCAGCAAGUGGCCAUGGAUCCUGAAGAAGUCAAAAGCCUGGACAGCAACGGAGGGGGUGAAGAAAGGAGCGAGAACAACUCUUCCAACUCUGAUAUUGUUCAUGUGGAGAAGGAAGAGAUACCGGAGGGGAUUGAGGAAGCAGUGGUGUCAGCUGUCACUGCAGAGACCAUGCAGGCAGCGUUUCCAGAAACCCCUGCUUCUUUACAGGAAGUAAAACCUCAAGCUGAAAUUGCUGCUGUUGAAAAAGCACAUCCCUCCACACUUCUGCAUACGAAACAGGAGGAAAAGGGAAAAGUGGCUGAAGAGCUUGUUGAACCUGAAAUCCCCGUUUUAAGUAAACCUGUCCCAAAGUUAGCCCCAUCAGAAGAAAAGGCUGCACCAGAACCUGAGAAAAUACUGCUUCCAGGGGAAGAAAAAGUGGGGAAAGAGGGCCGUUUGGAAGAAGUAGAAGAGAAAUCCUCUGCUGCAGAGGAGAAGCCUAUCUUAUUGCCGGAAGGGAAAUCUAUAUUGCUGUAUGGUGGGGCUGCUGCGGUAGCUAUAUUAGCUGUAGCAGUCGGAGUAGCGCUGGCGCUUAGAAAAAAGUAACAGAGCUCUCUUGAGAAGGAGGAGGGGGGAGAGAGAAGAGAGCACGAUCCAAUUUUUGUAGUUGUGUUACCUAAAGGUUGAGAUGCCUGCUGUUUAAUUGGACGUUUGAGUAAUUUAACGGUGAUGGGGUGAGGUCGUUCAAUAAGCCUCCAGCUACGGACAAUCAUGUUUUUAGUAGAAUUGGGGUGGGGACUGGUUUUUCGUGAUUAAAGUACAGGGGUAUUUUUAAAAAAAUAAUUAAUGAAUUCUGCAAAUUUAAGAACUGAAGUGCAGGUGCUGAAGAAAGGGGCGCUUGUACUCUAGGAACUGGAACAGAGAAUCCCAAGGGGAAGGGGAGAGCCAGCUGCUGCCAACCGCUGGAGUUUUUGGCUUCUCAGACUGAGCGCUAUUGCAGCUGUGCUGUCUUGUCACUUCCCGUCGCACCCCCAAGCCCUCCCUAACAAACAUUAGCCAACCUGAGUCCUGUAGCGAGAGGCUGGUCUCCCUUUUGUUUCGGCUUCCUCUCAGGUACAGCACUGCUCCUUGUAACCUCGCAGGUUCCUCCUAAGCCCCGGUGGGAGAGUGCUUAUUCUUACCUCUUUGCUCACAUCUGUUUUAGCCCCUAACAUUUACUGGAGCCCCAUCCUGUAAAGAUGCUGCCUCUCUAUAGCUGUAUUAUCUCUGAGCAUCCUGGGUGUUCCUGGGGCAGAGGUGCAGGAUGGUGCUUCUGCUGCCCAGGAGGGUGGGAGGGACACUGCUACUUACUGGUUAGAACAUCCAUUUGCUCCGCUCCUGCCUGGCCCACUUUACUGGCACCCUUGAGUUCCCAGAGGUGCAAAAUUCAUGCUGGACACGGUGCCGUUCUGAUCAGUGCUCUGACACCAGGGUAUAUUCAGCAAAGAUAGGGCAAAACUAUGUGGAAGUGAGGCCGAUGCCUCCUGUGCAGUUGAAAGGUUAAACGCUACGCUGUCCUGUAUCACGCUGCAGUCUGUAUCGUCUUUCCCAGGUUAAGCACAGAGUGUACUUAGUCCUAAGUUGGUCUUGGCUGUGACAGAAUCCCAGAUACAUAAGGCAAUGGAUUCUAGUAACUGAGCAAAACAGCAUUAAACAUCUCCUCUGCCUGCCUGUUCCUGACCUGACCCAGAGCGUUGUUCAGUGCAGUUUCUUUUGCGACUCUGAAUCUGUAAUUAGCUAAACUUACAGGUUUACAAAUUAUGAGAAAGUUACUUUGGCAAAAAGUAAAUCCCUCUUCCUGCGGUCACAACACUUCAAAUAAUGUGUGUGAAGAGAAGCCUUUGAAGUAUUACCAUACGUAUGAGUUAGGCGGAUCCAACCACAAGUGUUCCUCUUGCAGUGCGUGUUUCUGUGUCUGUCCUUGUCCGUAUGGCAGCUCUGUGGGCAAGACCUUAGGCUUUCCAGGCAAAACUAGACGCAUCUCUGAGGGUUCGUGCUGGCACUGUGGCUUAGAGCAGGUGGAGGGAGGUGAAAGGGAACUCGGGAUAAUAUAAAAAUCAAAAUGUGAGUUUAUGGGAAGCUUACUCUUCAUAAAGCACAAAGACAAGGUACUUUAUUUCUAAAUAACCUUAUCUAGAGUACGUCUCCUCAUGAGCCUCUUUCUUAAGUUAUCUGAGAAUGAAGAGAUUUUUAGCACAUUCUCUAUUUUAGGAUAUUCUUGCCACAUUUUCCUGUCCCACCCGUAUCCCUGGAUGCUGGGAAGUCAGUAAGAACCUGGCAGAUUCUGAGGAAUUUUUUUUGGUCUAAGCUUUUAUGAGAGUGGAUUUUCUAGAAAACUUCUUGGAUUUUGAACUGUGUGACACGUUCAAUAUUAAGAGGCAGAUUUGUCAUGUAUGUAUUGCUGCUGUGGACUGAACUCAGGAGCUCUGGAGUUUGGGACUUUACUGUUGAUCAUUGAUUGCUCUUUUUUUCAUGUACAAAAGGUAGCAAGUUGGCCUUAACAGAAAAAGAAACUUUGCCAUGUUGCAAAAUGGAACUGACUUUUUGCCAUUUCCUGGUGCCCUGCUGGUACUGUCAUUGCUGUGCUGUGUGCCCAGAACUGGUCACUGGGACUUCCUCAUGCCAUGGACUCUCCAGUGUCUGCCUUCCCACCACUGCAGUCCCCUCUCCUGGCACCUCACGGUAGCUUCUCGAAUGUUUACAGUUUUGCUUCACUUCACAUGUUGCAACAGGGCUUAUCAACAAGCGACACAGUCUGUGAGGGUACCUGUUUGUUCCUAUGUGGCAAGGGCUGCUUUACUGCCCGGUAAGUGGGGUAGGCCUGCCCCUCUCCUGCUGCUUUGCUGGCAGCUUCGGUUUCCUCUCUGGGCAUGUUCUCUGUGGGAGAAGGGCCGUUCUUAACCCGAUCUACGUCCUCUCCUUACUGAAGAUGAUGCAUCUAAAUUUGGGACAGCCCCCAUCUGUAGCCCGCAGCAAGUUGCACAAAAGUACCCACAUGUACUCUGAAGCAGAGAUGGAUUUUUUUUGGACACUCUUGGAUAACUUGUGUACAAACUGGGUGGGGAAGAGGUCAGGUCUUCUCUGUACGUGGUUGUUUCAGUAGUAGUGUGGGACAUGGGUACAGGACAGACAAGAAGACUAGACCCAUGCCGUCUAGAGAAGUCGUCCCUGGCUUGUUGGCACAAGGAGCCCAGUGGGGCAUUAAAUAAAAGUGUUGUCUUCUACAUACAGCAGUGAGAAGAAGGUAGCAGCAGUAAUAUGGAAAACAAAUGACUUUUUGUUAAGAGUUUUCAUGGUGAGGCGAAAGCCUUGAGUAUCUGCUGUGUUCCUGCACCAUGUGUUUUGGUUGUUUGGUCCCUUCUUUACAUACUUCCCAUUUUAGGGUCCUAUAGAUUUGACAAGUCAUAAAGAAUUUGUAUCCUCUUCUCUGCCACCCCACUGACCCCACAUUUGGAAAAGUUACCGUAUGCAUCUCUUUCCUCUGGGAACACUCCAUUAGCUAAAAAGGUUGCUUAUGGACUUGAAUUCUACUGAAUUUCGAGUCCUGUGGUCUGUGCUGGGACAGACCCUGUGAAAGCCACCAAAGGGUGGCUCAGGUGACAGCAUUCUUACAGACCUGCGUGCCAGGCUGCUUGCUCUAUUAUAGGUGUGAAUUAGAAAAUAGAAGGGUUGGUUGUUUUUUUUUUCUCCCUGCUGUCUUCAAGUAUAUUAAAACAAUCCUAAACUGCAGGGUCUAAUUACCCCGAACUGUGUGAUGCAACCUUUCUUUAUUGGGUCUCCUGCAGCUGGCAGAGGAAAGGUGGUAGCUAUAUACUUACGAAAAGGCAUAUAGAAUACUCACUUGUGUUGCUUAUCCCCUUCCCAAAAGUGCCUCGAUAUCUGCCCUCGAGUGGCCUGUACCUUAACAAAAUAUCUACCUUAGACCCAUUCUUUCUUCACUUUAUCCUUGUCUGCAGCUCACCGUAAAGCUGAGAUGCUAAAACAGCAAAGGACUGCUGGAUCUACAGAAGGUGUGAAAUGCUUCAGGAACUGCAGUGGGUAGCAUGCUAAAUAAGGAGCUGUCAAGGAAAAGGCUUUCAAGAUAAGAUGCAACUUAAAUUUCAGUUGUGCUUAACUCUAGGCUAUGUGCACUUGGGUGUUGUGGCUGGGAGCUGGGCAUGGUCUUUCUUCAGCAGGCAUUCCUGGAACAACAGGCUGGGAGCAGAGACUGAAACCCGGCAUCCCUCUGUUGCAUAAAAGCCCAAACCACAGCCACAGAGCCAUGUCUGCACAUUGCAGCUGUGCGCUGUGCCAGAGCCUGGUGGACUCCUGCCUCCUCAGUCCCUUAAACUUCAGAAGAUCCAGGGUGUGGGGCUGUAGUUGGCACGGCAGUGCCGAGCUGCUCAGCUAGGGCAAAAGCGGAGUAUUGCUGUGCACCCACAGAGAAACAGCUUGAAAACUUAAGCUUUCGGUUCUCGUCAAGCUAGGUGCAUGCUGAGUAGGGGUUCUCGAGGUAAUAAUGUGGCUGCUGAAAAAUACUGAAAAAACUUAGACCUAUAAUACUAGGUCUGGCCCAAUGAAACAAGCUAGAGACAAGAAAGCAACACUUCUGCAGCCUUCUGUCCAUUCAGAUGUGCAUCAUCAAGCAGUUGCCUGCUUCAGGUACUUGCCAGUCUGAACUGAAGCUCACAGCAUAGAGCCAGAAGAUGCAGUGGAAGCACAUUCCCUGUUUGGUAUUACACCUAGUUUUGGACACCAGUUUACCAUCUGGCUAGUGGUGACAUGCCUGUUGUUGUGGUGUUUGCAGUUAGUUCUUUCCUAACCUGCCUUCUAGAGAGCAAAUUACUCCUACAAGAAUCCAGCCUUGCUGUUUGUAAGGGCUUGAUUUUUGUCAUCCUGGCUAGGGGCUGUGCUCAGGCAUCUGCAGCUCAAGGGAGGGUUGAACGCUGUAGUCCUGCCUGCUCUUGCAUAGGGCAAGUUCUGUUGCCAGAAUCCUGUUUCCUUCCUUCUCACAUAGUUCUGAUCACAGCUAGGCUAACACUUUGGGCUGUAUUUUUUAAACUAAUCAAUGCUUUCUAAUGGUGACAAAUGAAAAAGUUCAUUAGUACUAAACAAGUGAGGUUCUGAAGUUUGGUCUUCUUUUCAUUUUAAUGAAUAUAGUAGACAAAAUAAUCUGAGGCCAUAAGCAUUCCCUACAUUUAAUUUCAGUACUAACAAAGUCCUAGUAAGGUAGAUGUUGCAAUUCUGGCAAAAAAAUAGAACUGUUUCUGGCAGCAUAGUCUCUCAUUCACUGAACCAGAGCAAGCUCAUGCUACAGAAUUGGAGAGUGUGAUUACUACAUUAUUUUGCUGUGAAAUGGGGGGUGGGGGUUGGAGGGGUGAAUGCAGCCCCAGCUGCCAUGCCUUGGUAGGGCCCAGGUCUUCAGUAGAGUGUCUCCUUCCAGGCAUGAAACAUACUGAAGGUUAACUUACCUGUAUGUGUCUACUCCAACAGGAGCAGACACAUACAACAGGAGUGUCUACUCCACUGGGUUACACAACAGGAGAAAGCGUUUCCCAGUGAAAGAUGGAGAGGUGAGGCACACUAUCUCCUGUACUGAUUGAAGGCAGAAGCUGUGCAUCGGUUUGCUUAUUUUCAGCACUAGGAAGGUUACAAGAACACUAUUGCUUUGACUCGAUGUAUGUAUCUGUACUUCAAAAUGCAAGCUAAUCUUCCCAUAAAAAAACCCCAAAACAAACAAAAAUGGGAAGUUUUAAGAUUGAAACCACCACUACUUGACUCUGGUAGAGCUAGCUCUCAGGCCCAUAUGGAGCAGGGACUGCAACGCUAGCUCUAGGCAAUGGUACUCCAUUGGUGUCUGCUGAAGUGAACUCUCCUGACUAGUGUACUUGGCUGGGGAAUGAGAACUGCACCAGCUUGGAAGGGGUCAGCUGUAGUGUUACCAAUACAUCCAGGAGAGCCACAACACUGCUGAGAUCCACCUCCUUAAGUUAAAUAACUUCAUCACUUUUUUUUCCUCUCUCAGUCUCUUAGGCAGGCUGACUUGCUUCCUCCUGUGGUUAUGCUGUAGAAGUGGGGGAGCUACAGUUAGCUUCCAGUGGAAGCUGCUUUUGAUCUCCUUGCAGUAUCUGCAGGGGAGUGAAGGAAGACUUGAUUUACACAGAACAAGCUGCAGAGGAUGCAUCUUACUGCUAUACAUUUAGGGGGUCUCUCCCCAUUUUUAACUUGCAUUAUAAGCUUUUAUUCAAGUGUAAAGCUAAAACCCCCUCAGACCAAAAGAAUGCCACUUGAUUUGUUAAGUAGCAAAGACUAAUGGGACUGAUGCUGAAGCAUGCACAUUAGGGGUUAUCUUCUACUGGGCUUCUGCUGGGUGUAAACAGAGAGUGACAGACUUGCAGGGAUUUCAGAUUCUGUUCUCAAGUGGCCUGCCUGGGGGGAAGAGACCCUGACUGGUCCUCAAGUCACCCAUUAUCCAAGGAACUGGGCAUACUGUUCCUUUUAAUAUGCAAGUGCAGCCCUCUUGGGGAAAACUGUCUAAAGCUUCUUGUGCCAUUUGGUUAAUAAAAGUGUUUCCACCUUUAAAAGAAAGUUCUUUCCAGCUUCAUUGUUCUAUAUUCAGUUGCAGUGAAGGGGUAUGUACAUUUUUUUCCCUCUGCUAAUGGGACACUGCUGUAAGACCAUGCCCCCAGGUUGCACUUUAAUAAAUGGUACAGUUUUCAAAAACUA